AUGGCUUGUAUUAAUAAUUCGUUAUCUUUAUUUGUAAGUGAUUUUCCAUCAUAUGGUCUUAUCGGUUUCGUAUCUAUUGGUCUUAUACUUUAUAUUGCAUAUAUGAUUACUUUUAUACGAAAUAAUUAUUUAUCAUUAUCAAAUGUUUAUAUAUAUUUUUCACAAUUAUCACUUUUUUUAUUAUUACUUUCACCAAUAACAUUUCUUUUUCGUUUAUCAAUAUUAACAAAUAAUCUAAUAUGUUCAAUUCAAACAUUAGCAUUACAAAUUUUACCAUUUUGUCUUUUACUUAGUUUUAAUGUACAUUUUGCUUAUGAAUGGUUAUUAAAAAUAGCUGGUCCAAUUCGAAAAACUUUUCUUAUAGGAAUAAGUUCAUUUUUAAUUUUUUUUCUUGCUAUUUUAAUUCAAACAGCUAUUCUACUUGUUUGGUUUUAUUAUAAUUCUAAUUAUCAAGAAAAUAUUGAAAAAUGUAUAAAUGAAUGUCGUCGACCAUUAUUUCUUUGUUCAUUAUCAUUUAAUUUUUUUCUAUUAUUUCUUUAUUCAUUUCAAUCAAGUAUACGAUAUCAUUUAAAUAAUAAACAAAAUAAUUUUAUUUAUUUAUUAACAAGUGUUUUUGCUUUAUGUGUUACAAUAAUAUGGAUUUGUUUUUAUUUAUUUAUUCCAUUAAAAUUAUCAUAUACAUUUUAUAUGAAUAAUAAUUAUAUACUUGCUUAUGGAACAUUAUUUUUUGUUUAUUCAUUUAUUGGACCAUUUUUAUAUGAACAACUUUUUUAUCAUAAUCAAAUAAAUAUAAAUAAUAAAGAUCAUUUAAAUAACAUUAAUAAAAUGACAUUUAAAUGUUUGUCUUUAACAAAAGAACAACAACGAGCAUUCAUGGCUGCAUAUAUUAAACGUAAUCUAACAGCUUCAUGUGAAAAUCUCACAACAACAAAAAAUAAUUCAUCAUUUCAACAAUCAAAUCAAACACGUCAUUCAACGUUAAGUGUUGAAAGUUUAUGUCCAACAUUAAUUAGUACUGUUUCAUAUGAAUCACCACAAACGAUAUUACCAAGUAUAAUAAAUAAUACAUCAAGUUGUGGUAAAAUGACAAGUGAAUAUUCACUUUUAUCAAAUUCACCUGACAUGAAAUAA